GUGGUGACCUUUGACCCAAAAUACACGCACGCGCACUAGGUUCAAUCGAAAUGGUGACGGGAGAAAAACAGCAAAGACACUGAAAUAUUCUACAUUUUCGUCAAAUACAGACGUUUUAGAUCAGAAUCUGCUGGCUGUUGUCCCAUGAUGGAAUCCCCAGCGAGUGUGAUGAGCGACUUCCCAGCCUACAGGAACCACAGCCAUACACAGAAGGCUUUUGAAGUCAUGAACCAUCUCAGAAGACAAAGCCAGUUAUGUGACGUGAUCCUGGAGGCAGACGGCGUAGAGGUGCCAGCACACCGCCUGGUCCUGGCGUCUUGCAGCUCGUACUUCCACGCCAUGUUCACGGGAGAGCUAUCGGAGGCACACGCAGAGAGAGUCACCAUGCAGGAAGUGGACGGGAAAGCUCUGGUCCUGUUGGUUGAUUACGUCUACUCCUCAGUGAUACAGGUUACAGAGGAAAAUGUACAGGCGCUUCUCCCCGCGGCCAACCUUCUCCAGUUGACGGAUGUCCGAGACGCGUGCUGUGACUUCCUCCAGUCCCAGCUCCACCCCACCAACUGUCUGGGGAUCCGCGCCUUCGCAGACCUCCACUCCUGUGCAGACCUCCACAACUAUGCUCACACCUACAUAGAACAACACUUUGCUGAAGUUGUGCAAGGGGAAGAGUUUCUGAACCUGAGUAUCAAUGCAGUGUGCAAUCUGAUCGCUAGCGACCGGCUAACAGUUCCAUCGGAGGAAAAGGUGUUUGAAGCAGUGGUGGCGUGGGUAGCACACAACAUAAACGACCGGCAGGACUUCAUGCCUCGCCUCAUGGAACACGUCCGCCUCCCGCUCAUGUCACGGGAGUUUCUCGUAUCCCGCGUGGAAGAGGAGCCCCUCGUCAAGUGUAACAACGCAUGCAAAGAUUACCUAAUCGAGGCCAUGAAGUACCAUUUAUUAGCCAGUGAACAAAGAUCUCUGCUGAAAACACCUAGAACAAGGCCAAGAACACCGAUAGGACUUCCAAAGGUGAUGUUUGUAGUAGGUGGCCAGGCACCCAAAGCUAUCCGCAGUGUGGAGUGUUUUGAUUUUAAAGAGGAGCGUUGGUACCAGGUAGCAGAGAUGACCACAAGGAGAUGUCGAGCAGGAGUGGUAGUUAUGAACGGCCUGAUAUACGCUGUCGGCGGGUUUAACGGAUCAUUGCGUGUGCGGACCGUUGAUGUGUACGACCCAAACAAGGACACCUGGACGUCUGUACAGAGCAUGGAGGCAAGACGGAGCACCCUUGGCACCGCAGUACUGAACGAGUACAUCUACGCUGUGGGAGGUUUUGAUGGAUCAUCAGGAUUGAACACAGCAGAAUACUAUGACCAGAGAACCAAUGAGUGGAGACCCAUAGCCUGCAUGAGUACAAGAAGAAGUAGUGUAGGAGUGGGGGUUGUGAAUGGUUUGCUGUAUGCUGUAGGAGGGUAUGACGGAUCGUCCAGACAAUGUUUAAGCUCAGUGGAAUGUUACAACCCUGCCUUGAAUGAGUGGAAGCCAGUCUCUGACAUGAGCACCAGAAGAAGUGGAGCUGGUGUUGGUGUGGUGGAUGGUCUGUUGUAUGCCGUUGGCGGACAUGACGGGCCUCUGGUUCGAAAAAGCGUGGAAGUCUACAACCCGGAGACUAACUGUUGGAGCCAGGUGGGAGACAUGAGCCUCUGCAGAAGGAAUGCAGGGGUGUGCGCUGUGAACGGCCUUCUCUACGUGGUCGGUGGCGACGAUGGAUCCUCCAAUCUGGCGUCAGUAGAGUGCUACAAUCCUCGCACGGACACGUGGACCAUGCUCACCACGUGCAUGGCGACGGGGCGCAGUUAUGCAGGAGUCUGCGUUUUAGAUAAACCUCUAUGACAGUGUUUAACUUAGAUAGAACUAGGAGAGUAACUUUGCAAACAUAUCAGUAGGCCAACUCUAUCAAUGUAUUUAUGAAUGUUGAUGUAGUAAAUGUGUUCUUGAGAAUCUAAGAUCUGAUAAGUUUUUUUGGAAUUUUUGAAGAACUCCUAAGAGUGGAAAUGUAAGGUACCUUAUUUCCCAAUUCGUAACAAACCAUACAGAUUCCUCCUUAUUUUUUCAUACUAACAGUUGCACCAAAUCAUUUUGUAUUAUAGAUUGAAGAUCUGGUUAAAUUGAACAUAAUAGCUAUUAACGAAAAUAGACAUAUUCUCAAUAUUAAUUUUGAUGUCCCUUACUCAUGGUGGAAACAUUGUCUCUAAGUUUAGAAAAUGACUUCUUAGCAUGAUGAGAAAAUGAUUUGGGCUUAAAAAGGACACCAUCUACACUAAAGCAGCUUUUAAACUUUCCUACAAAACCUCAUAUGGCUUUGUCUAAUGAUGGAAGUAUUUGCUCAGUAAAAUUCGUCCUUUUGUUUGAAACUCCAAAUUACAAGCUAAGUCUGAAUAGCACCAGUUCGACAUAGAGACCUAACUGUGCAUUAAACAUGUAUAUAUAUUAUAUAUACAUAUUCAUGAGUUACCAAAGCUGUAUAUAUACAUAGAUGAUAUUAUAGACAUAUAAGGACUUUUUGAGAGCACAAUGUAGUGUUUUAUUUUUAGAUUAAGGUAGCAUGUAUAAGCCAGUUCAGGGUUCAGACUGUGCAUGUGCAUGUGCAAUGUGCGGCAUUGUGGGUAAUAUGUCCCCCACCUUGUAAACAGUUCUUUGUCUAGACCAUGCUUGAUAUAAGUGUGCAGACGUGAUUUGUUUAUGUCUCAAGGGCCUUGAACUUUGACAUAUAACCCACAAUGCAUCCUGCUUCACAUGCGCAGUUUAAGUGUGAACUGGUUCAUUAGUAACUCACCAUGCGCUGGAGCUUCAAAACCAUUCCAAACCUGUGUCAAUACAUUGGCAUUACAAAGAGUGUACCGAUGCUUCAGUGUCAUUGUAUAUAUUAAGGAGAUUGUAGAUGUGCACUUACAUCAUGUGUUUUUUGCACACCUUGCCUACUUUUACCAAUGUGCUCAAUUGUCUUCUAGACUAUGUGAAAGUCACUAAAAUGUCAGAAUAAGCAAGUUCGAAAAAAGUGUUGUGUACGUAUGUGAAAGUAGUUCUUAGACAUUAAGAGAUUAGCGAUUCUUGGAUAGAAAUGAUUGACGCUGAGAUUUGUUGAUAGUAUCUCUUACAAUGCCACAUUUUUUUGUUCCAUUGAAUGUCAUUAGUUUAACUGUUACAGUGUUAGAUGUCAGCAUAAAUGGAGUGUCUUGUAAUAUAAGCUGGUUCAUUAGAAGCUACGUAUUUUGAAUCCCCUUGAUAUAUAUAUAGAAUCUCACCCCUCCUCCAUGCUCUUGUAAAUAGUCUAAGAAGAUAGUUUGUACACAAGUGUAGAUAUAUGUAUAAGAGACAUAAAGUAUGGGCAUGAUAUUAGUAUAACUAUCAACACAGUCUGGACAAAGUCUUGACUUGAGUUUUGUUUGAAUUUGAUUAAUGCCAUUCUUUUUAAUUCAUGAUAUUUACAGGGUACGAUAUCCUACAUGUCAUAAAAACGGUGUCAGCCUGGAACCAGCAAGCGGUGGUAGGUCAUGAGCAACAUCCUUUUUCUAGCUUCCUUUUGAAGAUCAGUGUAAUGUACUUAUCCUCAUGAUCAUCAAGCUGAAGCUAAACAUCAUCAUCAAAUGUUUAAUAUGGUAUUUGGCAUUAAACUAAUCCUGACUGUCAUUAGCUCAUCAACCAAUGAUGAUGAUCAUCGUCAACUAAUGAGAGGGAGUUAUGGGAGUUAUCAGUUUGACCAAUGAGACAGUGGAUGCAUGUCCAUCAAUUAUUUUGCAUUCUUAUGUUUUUAUCUUGCCUUUCUACAUUUUUGGAGAGUGGGACAAGUCAAUGAGAUUGAUCAGUGUUUUUCCUUGAUAACUUUACUGUCAGAUGUUGCCAUCCUUUAUCUCAAUAUUAAGAAUUGAUAGUAAUUUUUUACUUCAGAUAAUGCUGAGAUACUUCAAUACCUAUAUAGCUAGGUCAGCAGUACUUUACACGCUUCCCUAAAGGAUGCCAGAAGAGGGAAUUUGGGGAGACCUAUCACUGCUCACUUGUGACUUUUGCCAUUUUGAUGUAAUCAAGCAGCUCUGUUAUGUCUUCCCAGUGUAAUAUAUGUUCAAUAAGCUUUACUAUGGCUCUGAAUAUUAUCAGUUCAUAGCUUGAGUGUAUUAUCUCAUUAAAUCAACAGUCUGUGGUAAUGUAAAAUAGAUAAAAGGUAGUUUGUAGUUGCACCCACUAUAGCAUUAUCUGUUAAUCCUGUACUGUACAAUUUUGUAGAAGUCAAGUAUCCAGAUUUUGAAAUAGAAAAGUUGUACACGACAACUGUUUAAGAAUCUUAAGGAUAUUUGAUUCUUAUCUUAUUAUCUAUCUUUACAGAAUGUAACAAAUCAGUUACAUUUUGAAUUUUUCAUUCCCCAUUGUAUCAAUGUGUAUUAUCAAUCCUGACAGAUGGACAGCUUUGAAAAUGAGACUGUUGUAUGUCCAAGUCCAAGUUGUAUGUUGCAAAAACUACUUAGUGUACAUAUCCAACAAAGAGGAUUUGCUUUAUUCUGUGCAGUACAGAUAUUGCUUUUAUUUCAAUAAAGAUCACGACAAAAUGUG